CCCGCAAAAGUUGAUAAAAUAAUUAUCGAAGAUUUUGGUGUUUUACUAAGUAAAGAUGUUUUAAACUUUGCAAAGUUGGUAUUUUCAUUACACGAACAAGCUAUCUCGAACAUGCCAAAAGUUUCUACAAAACAAGAGGCUGCAAAGUUCUUCAGUGAUUUUGUGUAUGAACGAGUUCCAGAUGAAGUAAAACCACACAUUAGAAAAGCAGAGGGAAAAAACUCCAACUUUCUGAAGCAAAAUUCUGAUGGUAGUAUUAGCUAUUCGUCAAAUAUAAAAGUAUUAAGGAAAUCUUUAGAAAAUGAAGAUUCUCUAAUAUCAAAAUAUGAAGGUGUGUUUGAUGGUCCUUCUUACUUUAUUUAUGGAAAAAAAUCAAUGAUUAACGUGAAUGAUGAAACAGAAAUUAUUAAGAGACAUUUUCCAAAGGCCCAGUUUGUUAGUAUUGACGUUUCUACUCACGAUAUUCACGCGGAUGCUCCGAUUCUCUUCUUUAAUGCCUUGUUGAAAUUCUUAAAAGAAUAAUUACAUAUAUUGUAUGUGUUUCCGAGAAAUUUGGAAAUCUGGUAUUAUAUAUAAUGACGAAAAAAAACGGGAAAAGUAUUAAACUAUUAAACAUUUUUCACAAUGGCUAGGUAUUGUAUGCAAUACCAAAUCAUAAAAUGCCAAAAUAUGAUAUGUAAUUAUUUUACUCUUUUACUUAAUAUGUUUAUGAUAUAUUACUAUUAGUUAAAAGUAAUUUCUUCAUGCAAUAAUUCAGUUUAUAUUUUAUAUUGUUUUUUUAGUAAAAUAGAUUUAACUAUUUAAUGGUUAAUAAUAAACAGGUAUAAUAAUUUGGCUAAAUUGAAAAUUUUCUUUAUCUUUGAAAUCAGUUACGUUUUUUGGUGGUUUGUUAAUACGAAAAAUAAUUUUAUGUUUGUAGUGGUUUGUAAUACUUAUGAAAUAAAUGGAACCUAGUUGGGAAA